UAUAAAUACGCCAUGAUGCCGCGGCGCCUCUCUGCAGAAUUCACCAGCACACGAGUGAAAAUGGCAUGUCCUUCCUUUUGCACGAGCUCGUGGGCGCCACGCCUCCCGUGCUUCGACGGCGACAGUAGCAGCAGGUUCGGAGGCCGCAACCUCUCCGGCGACCUCCUGCCGUCGCUGGGCGCGACGACGCAGCAGCCUCCCAAGCUCAGGAAACACCUCGUCUCACCCUACGAUCCCCGUUACAAGGUCUGGGAGAUAUUUCUGAUCCUCCUGGUGGUGUACUCGGCGUGGAUAUGCCCGCUGGAGUUCGCGUUCCUGAGGUACCUGCCCAGGGCCCCGUUCAUCGUGGACGACGUCGUCAACGGGUUCUUCGCUGUCGACAUCGUGCUCACCUUCUUCGUCCCGUACGUCGACAGCAAGUCCUACCUCCUCGUCGACGACCCCAAGAAAAUAGCAGUCAGGUACCUGUCGUCUUGGUUUGCCUUCGAUGUCUGCUCGACAUUCCCGUUCCACUCCAUCAGCCUUCUGUUCAACCGACACGAGCACAGCCUUGGACUCAAGUUCCUCAAUGCUCUCAGGCUUUGGCGGCUGCGUAGGGUCAGCUCCUUAUUUGCAAGGCUGGAGAAGGACAUCCGGUUCAACUACGCAGUGAUACGCUGCACAAAGCUCAUCUCGGUGACCCUGUUCGCGGUCCACUGCGCCGGGUGCAUCAACUACCUGAUCGCGGACCGGUACCCGGACCCGAGGCGGACGUGGAUCGGCGCCUCCAUGCCGGACUUCCGGGAGGCCGGGCUGUGGGCCCGGUACGUGACGUCCCUGUACUGGUCCAUCACGACGAUGACCACCACGGGGUACGGCGACCUCCACGCCGAGAACACCCGGGAGAUGCUCUUCGGCAUCGCCUACAUGCUCUUCAACCUCUGGCUCACCGCCUACCUCAUCGGCAACAUGACCAACCUCGUCGUCCACAGCACCAGCCGCACCAGGGACUUUAGGGACAUGGUCCAGGCGGCUUCGGAGUUCGCGGCGAGGAACCAGCUGCCGCAGCAGAUCGAGGAGCAGAUGCUGAACCACAUCUGCCUGAGGUUCAGGACGGAGGGGCUCAAGCAGCAGGAGACGCUGGAGAUCCUCCCCAAGGCGAUGCGCGCCAGCAUCUCGCUCUGCCUCUUCUUCCCGGUCGUGCAAGGGUCCUACCUGUUCAAGGGGGUUUCCUCAGGUUUCAUCCAGCAGCUGGUGACGGAGAUGCAGGCUGAGUACUACGCCCCGAAGGAGGAUGUCAUGCUGCAGAACGACAAACCGUCAGACCUGCAUCUUCUUGUUUCAGGAGCAGUGGACGUUCUGGCGUUCCUUGAUGGAACAGAACAGGUCUGUGGAAAAGCAGCUGAGGGAGAGCUGCUAGGGGAGACUGGAGUCAUGUCCAACCAGCCACAGCCGUUCACCUUCCGGACCACAAAGCUAUCUCAGGUUCUGAGGAUCAGCAGGUCCAAGCUCAUGGACAUCAUGCAAGAAAACAGAGAGGACGGUGAGAUCAUCAGAAGCAACUUUCAGCAAAAACUCCGGAUGGAGCAGAGAUUGUACAUUGCAAUGCACCAAGACGAUCGGGUCGGUGCCUUUGAACAGACGCUGCUGGAUCCCUGAGAGGCUGAGACUGUCUCACAGGUGGAAUUUAUUGCUCGGAUAAACUUACAUGAAGAGCACAUAUUAGGGUAAAAUCAACAAUAAGUUCAAGCAUGUUACGUGGGGGGAUGAGUUUUGCUGUAUUUUAAGCACGAACUUUGAAGGGUGUAGUAUCGCCUUCGCUGCGUUAAAAUAGCAGCCAGCAGAAGACCAAGACAAUAUGGGCCGAAAGUAUGUUAGUUUCGGCUUUGCGGCCCAGGAAUACUGAACGGGCUCGAUUGGCACAGU